GGGGCUUGUAGUUAAAGUGCUUGUAGAUACAUUUCUCGCUUUUACGUCCUCUUUUUAAUGCUUAUCUUCUCACAUUCGGAGCAGCAGACCUUUCCCAAAUGAGUGGCGCAGAUUGGAGCGGUUUACGCGGCGUUGGUGCGUAAACCAGAUAAUUUAUCUGCGUAAAUCACGUCCCUCAGCCUCAGCACGGAACUGCGUCACUUUUCGGCGAUGUAGCUUUAGCCUGAGCCGCUCCAGUGACAAGUCUAGAGGAUGUCUGAGCAGACGGUGGAGGACUACCUGUAUCAGAACCCUCAGGUGAGACAGUGGGCGGAGUCUCUGAGAGGCAUCUGUGAGACGGUCAAACAGUGGAAUGCUCGGAGAACAUUCAUUCUACAGAACAUGGACCGACUCGGACUCGGAACAGAACCAGGACUCAUCCCAGAACCAGGACCAAAGCUGGACCAACUCCUGGCUCUGUCCAUGGUCUGGGCCAACCACGUCUUUAUGGGCUGCAGAUACCCAGACUCUGUGAUGGAGAGAGUGUUGAAAAUGGCUGAAGGGAUCGAGAUCCGAGAUGCUCCUCAGUUCACCACCAGAGAUCAGCUCAUGUUCAGAAACAAGAGGACCCUGCCCCCCUCGACAGGGGAAGACAGUUGUGUGAAACGGCCCAAACCUGAAACUUCAGACUCUAGUCCUGCACCUGCAACAUUCAACACUCAUCAAAAGUGUGGGCCCUCACCUCAGGCUCCGGUCCUGCUCCAGCCUUUCUUUAAUCGCCUGUACAAAGCCGUGUGCUGGAGACUGGUCUCAGCUGGAGGACUCGGACCAAACCUGGACCACUUUGAGGUCCUGAGAGUUUGUGUGGAGUCGUGUAAGGAGGUCCUGAGCUGUGUCCUAGUCCCUCUGAAGGAGAUCACGGGUUUGCCAGCAGGACGUGCCCAGAAGGAGGGCCACGUGUGUGAGCUGCGCUGCCAAGGAGCCUACCUAGGCACCGGGUAUGGCAGAGACGAGGCGGCGGCGCGGGCGAUGGCGUCCAAAGAGGCGCUCAAAGUUUUCCAGGGACGAAAAGUGGUUGUCAAAAUUUGUCGCCGAAAGUUCAAAGGUCGCGAGGUGGACGACCUGAUGCUAUUGGACGAUCAACCGCGGAGUCAAGGCUUCCCUCCAGCGCUGAGUUACCCAUUCAGCCCCGAGUACAGUGAGGAGAGCGGCUCGUAACAGGACAAACACAGCAUGUAAUUGGCAAUUUAGGGUCAAAUGCAAAAACAACCAUCAAACCAACGCCACAGCUCAGAAAGGAGAGCAUCUCGUAACGGGGCAAAUACAGCUCAUAAUGGAUGAUUAAUGCAAAAUAUCAAACCAGGUCAAAACCAUGUUUAUAGCAAAGUGGGUCAAACGGAACAGACACACUAGUGCCAGACUACAGGAAGUCAUGUCUUAGUUUUAUAUCCAAUCCAUCCAAAGUUCUACAGGACAUUUUAUAAACAUGACAGUUUCCAAAGUGCUGCACAGGCAAAUUAAAGAGGGGGUAUUAUGCAAAAUUUAUUAUUUAUUUAUUAUUUUUUUCCCUACCAUGUUACAACAUUCCCUUGUCAAAAACAUGCCUGACUAGGUUUUAGUUGUCAUCUAUGCAUGUUAGAGUAUUAUUCCAACCCUUCUUGUGGUUUGUCUAUACAAAGCUCCGCCCACAAGCCUUCGUCACCCAUACUCCCUCAUGUCAAUUCUUCAUAAAUAUACAAAAACAUGAUGCAGAACUGUACACAACAAGUUGACAAAUCUGAUGUAAUGCGCAGUAGUUUCAUUAGUGAGAUGCACACUGAUUGUGUUGUGAUAGCACUCUGUGGGGGAGUGACUUGAAAACAUGUUUUCAGCAAACAUAGCAUUUUCAAAACAAGAAAAGGUAACAUGGUUAUCUAAAUGUUUUAUGUAUUAGCAGUUAUUACCCCAUAGAAGUAAAUAUCCCCUCUUUACUAAAAUAGUAAAUAAAAUAAUAACUUAAAAGCAUUAAAAUAUGCAAUGCUAAAAAUGGUUCAAACACUUUUAUAGUUAGAUUGGUUUUUGAAAAGACAACACAGGCAUGAUGUUUGGCUUUGUCAUGACAUGUUUCUGUGAACAGCUGACACGUCUGGGACACAUCUGGGACACACCUCCAGGGACCGGUAGGAGGCACCUGUCAGAUCAGGGGAUGGAGCCAGUCUAGCAACUGUCAGGGCCGUUAGAUUGGCCACAUCCAGGAACAUGAGCUGAUUAAAAGUGACACAUCGCAGCAGUCUGUUCACUAAAACAUUUUAAACAAACCUAAUAUUUGUCUACAAAAGGACAAUCGGAGCUGUGUUCAGGGGUCACUAGGUUAGGGAGGGUCAGGGUACUGGGUCAAAUGCAGCACAGACAGUUGAACACAAGAGGCACAGAGCAGGUCUUGAAGGCUUCAAAGGAGACCACAAAAAGACACAUUCAGAAGGUUAGGACUGAUUUAUUUUAAGCAAAUAAAUUAUUACUACCUAUUACUAAUAUUUGACUGGGAUUUUUACAUUAAACAUUGAGUAGAGUUUCAGAUUCAGUUUUGUCAUGUGAUCAAUCUGAUGCUGUAGUACACCUGACCUCUGAAUUCACCAUACGUUCAGCUGAGGUGAGGUGAGGUACAGUGAGGUGGACUGGAGUUUUUUAUGUCCAGAUUUGUCCUAAAUAAAUGUCUCAUGAGGGACGCUGCAGAGAGUCAACAGGAUGACACCCAAAUCUCAAACUGAUUCAGAUGACUUUCUUUUUUUUUAAAUGCACAGAUGAUGCGUUCAUGUUGUUGUCUUGUAUUUUAAACAGUCAUAUUUUAUUAUAUUUUUGACUUUUUAGUGACUUAAAAAUUACAUAUUUAAUUUUUUUGUUCAUGACAAGGGGUCAGUAGUGUGUGUGAUAUAAGACCCAAUGACCAUGUGAUGUCUGGAUUCGGUCCUUUGCUCUGAGGAAUAAACACUGUUUUCUGCCUACACUUUAGUUAACUUAUUCCUACAUUUCCCGUGAUGCUUCUGCUGUGUGACCCCCCUGCUUUUAGUGGUUGAAGUCUGUUAAAAAGCAUUUUAUAUGUCCACAUUCUUUAGUUAUGUUCAUGAGUUCUGUUCAUUUAAUGUGUUUCACCAAAAUAUUUCUAUAUUUUGUUUAAAAUGUGAAAUAAAUGUUUCCUAUUUUUCA